AUGUUUAACUCACUCCUCUCCGGUACCGCUACACCCAACUCCGGUCGCUCAUCCCCUCCUGCCAGCGAAAUGGCCGCCGAACAUGAUCAAGUGGCCGUUGCGAGACCUGCGCCCCGCCGACGUCGCAUUGUAGUAGCAAUGACGGGCGCCACGGGCGCCAUGCUCGGAAUCAAAGUCCUGAUCGCCCUGCGUCGCCUGAACGUGGAGACCCAUCUGGUGCUCAGCAAAUGGGCGGAGGCCACCAUCAAGUACGAGACCGACUACCAUCCUUCCAACGUGCGUGCACUGGCCGACCACGUGCACAACAUCAACGACAUGGCGGCCCCGGUGUCGAGCGGCUCUUUCCGCGCCGACGGAAUGAUUGUGGUACCCUGCAGCAUGAAGACCCUGGCGGCUAUCCAUUCCGGCUUCUGCGACGAUCUGAUCUCCCGGACGGCGGAUGUGAUGCUCAAGGAGCGCCGGCGAUUGGUCCUGGUGGCGCGCGAGACGCCGUUGAGCGAGAUUCACCUGCGAAACAUGCUGGAGGUGACACGGGCUGGAGCCGUUAUCUUUCCGCCCGUGCCGGCGUUCUACAUCAAGGCCGGGGGAAUUGAGGAACUUAUCGAUCAGAGUGUCGGACGCAUGCUGGAUUUGUUCGACCUCGACACGGGGGAUUUCGAGCGAUGGAAUGGAUGGGAAAAGUGA